AUGGCGUCGACAGAACUGCCCCACAAUUCAGAUGAUCCACGAACUCCCCAACAGGGCAAUCUGCACAAUAAGCCCAGACACACACCUAGACGCCAUGCCUCAGUAAGACCAAACAGGCCAAACUGGUUUGUAAGAACGUUUAGGAGCCUCUUCAGAUACAGGAAAACAUCCUUGACGUUUCUUGUGUUCUUGGUGUUGUUGGGCACUAUCUUGUUACUGUACUUUGACAAUCUGCUAGAAUACUCUGUUUCUUUGCCUUCGGACGAAUUGGAGAAGGAAGUGUUGAAUGACCUGUGGCUCCACCUUCAAAACAUUGCCAGAAAGAAACACACGUAUACGUCCAAGGCCAAUGACGAAGUGCACGAUUAUCUUGAGGCAGUGGUGAAGGCAUUGAUUAAAAAUAAGCAGUGGGCGGAGUACGACAAUGAUCUCAAUGGCACCAACAGGAUUAUGUAUCUGAGUGAGGUUAAAGGAAGCAAUGGUGGGGGUGACUUGGUCACAUACUAUGAGAGCAACAAUGUCCUUGCACGUAUCAACGGAACGAAUCCCGAGUUGCCCGCUCUUCUUCUCAGUGCACAUUUCGACUCUGUGCCUUCCUCUUAUGGUGUAACAGAUGAUGGCAUGGGUAUUGCUUCGCUUUUGGGUGUCCUCCAGUUCUUUACUUCAAAAAAAGCAGACCAGCCAGAGAGAACCAUCGUAUUCAACUUCAAUAACAAUGAAGAGUUUGGUUUGUUCGGUGCUAAUGCCUUCUUGUACCAUCCUUGGUUCAAGCAGACCAAGUAUUUUCUCAACCUCGAGGGCACAGGAGCCGGUGGCAAGGCUAUUUUGUUCCGUGGGACUGACCACGGCAUUGUGAAACACUACGGCUCUGUGAGAUAUCCAUAUGCGUCCUCCAUCUUCCAAGAGGGAUUUAACAAUGGCUUGAUCCAUAGUGAUACUGAUUACACGGUCUACUUGCGGAAAGGUGGUCUUCGUGGUCUUGAUGUGGCCUUUUACAAGCCAAGGGACAUAUACCACACAGCCAGGGAUAACAUUGCCAACGUCAACAUCAAGUCACUUUGGCACAUGUUAUCUACUGCGUUGGAUUUCACCAACGAUGUUGCUUCAAGACUGAUCGGCUUGGAUGCUGAUCCCGAAGGCGCGGAGAAACAGAACGCUGCUUACACGUCUUUCCUCAACACGUUCUGGAGCGUCUCUACCGAUUCCGUGUUUAUCUUCAACAUUGUGCUUUUGGUACUUGUUCCUGUGUUGAGCUUCCCUUUGGUGUUCUUCAUUUUCAAGUACAAAAAAAACUGGAACGUGAACUUUGUUAAUGUCAUUAAGGUUCCAAUCUCGUUGAUAUUAUCCGCUGUUCUUUUGAAUUUCAUCACCGAUGUGGUAAUUGUUCCUCUCAACCCCUUCUUGAUUAACAACUCGAAGGGUGUGUUGAUUUCGACGUUGUUUUCGUUGUUCUUGCUCUUGAACUACGCCUUGUUGAACGGCAUGAAUAUUCUCUUAAAGCCUUUCAAGGGACAUUUCCACGACGAAAAACUCAUUAGUAUCAUUGAAAUCUCGUUCAUCACAUGGGUCAUCCUCCUAUAUUCCACUAUUAAGCUUGGUUCCCAGAAGAAGUCUGAUGACCACUCUGGAGAAUUUGACAUUGGAUUCCUCUUCUUCCUUCAAGCUGUGGCUGCCAUCAUUGGUCUUCUUGGCUGGAACUUCAAGAGGUCUCCCAAGAAGGACACCAUUGAGGAAACGAGACCCCUCUUGGGUACAUCUAGCGAGCAUCAUGACGAGGAGUACGAAAAUAAUCAGAGGAAUUACGGAUCCCCUGAUGAUGACUCGAUCGAGUCCUCUUCAUUGUCUUUGCAGUCAGGAUUUUCCGAUGCAUGUGUGAAGCAUGAAACCAAAUCUUUUAGUUAUGAUUGGCUCAUCCAAUUUCUUAUCAUCGUUCCCCUCUCGUCUUAUAUCAUCUACAAUAACGGCUACUUAGUCUUGGAUGGUUUGAACAAACUGAUCCAGGAAUCGCUAGCUGCGCAGAGCUUCGUGUAUCAGUUUGCACAAGCUUAUGCUGUGUUUUGGGCCAUCCCUUUCAUUCCUUUUAUCUUUAAGGCUAACAGGGUGGUAGUUCUUGUUCUUAUUGUUGCGUUACUUCAGGGAUUCUUCACGAUCAAUUUCACCUCGCCUUUCGACGCGGCCAAUCCAAUAAAGUUGAGGUUUUUGGAAACUCUUGACUUGAAUGGAUCCUCUGUGACCAACUCAGUGCAGGUGUAUGGCCGUAAUGAUGCCUUUGUCAAAAAUAUUUUAAACGAUAUUCCUUCGGUGAAAGAGCAAGGAGCCGAGGUUAGGGUGGAAAAAAUUGGUGAUGGUAUGGCCAGGUACGAGUACCCAUCUAAGUGGGAACCAAUUCUUGCUCCGGGAGUCAAGAAUGCCCACGACUAUUUGAAAAUAGAUGUGUUGAAGAACUCGUCUUCCGAGACUAGUUCGCCAUUUGGGUUGCUCGCAGGUGAAAUCCGGAUUGUAGCACCCAAAAACAGAAACUGCCGAAUUGUUUUCAACGUCUCUGACUCAGUCACAAAAAUCCUUGAACAAAGCUCACGUAAGAUAUCAUCGCCAGUGAGAACCGCCAUAGUAUAUAAGAAGGGCGCCGAAACCAACAGCUCUACGCCAGCAUACGUUGUCAAUGGCAUCCCUGAGGGCUUCUCUAGAGACGCUGAUGGGAACUUCUUAUUCAAGGAUUACAAUGGCAUCGAUACUCUUCAAUUGAACAAGCUAAAUUGGGACAAGGAGUACCAUUUGGCGUUCCAGUGGGUUCCUGACGUGGUGGACGCAGGUAAUGUCAAUACAGAGAAGGUCAAUGUCAGAAAGUUGGGUAUUAAUGUCGAGUGCUUCUGGAGUGAAACAGGAUACAUUGCAGAUGAAGGCCAUGACGUGAGCCGGAGAAUCCCUGCCUACGAUGAGCUUCUUCAUUACUCGCCCAAUUACGUGAGUUGGGCCAACCGAGAGCGCGGUUUAGUUUCUGCAACGAAAUACAUUGAGAUAUAA